UUGUUACAGUCAGUUUGUCUGUCUGUGUGUUCAGAUCCUCACUUGGGAGUGCACACGCUAUAAAGCGGCUUUAUCACACAUAAUCACACAUAAUCAGUCAUGGCACGAUUGCUGAGGAGCAGUUUAAGAGGAUAUUUCACCUCACAGAUCCGCAUGGGAUCCGAUCAGUUGGGUGAGUUGGGUAAGGGUGCUGGUAAAGGAGGAGGUGCAGGCGGGUCAGUGAGGGAGGCCGGAGGAGCGUUCGGUAAGAAGCAGGCAGCAGAAGAAGAGAGAUACUUCAGGCAGAAGGAGAAAGAGCAACUGGCAGCGCUGAAGAAACAUCACGAAGAAGAAAUCGACCAUCAUAAGAAAGAAGUCGAGCGUCUGCGGAGAGAGAUCGACAGACACGAGGGCAAGAUCCGGAAGCUCAAACAUGACGACUGAAGACCAUCAUCCUGCACUUGUGUUGAAUGAGAAAACUCUGUGAUUAGAGCUUUAUGAAUAAACGUUUGCAAAAGUC